CGCGCAUUCAUUGGUCUCUCACCGAGAACAGCCAUUGGUACUAGUUGCUCAGAGGAAUUUGCUGACGGUCCCUGGGUGGAACACUGGCUGCCUACUUUCGAUUCCGCACAGAGCAACGAGCCGCGCCAGCCUUUGCAGGCAAUUGCUUCUGCUACAAAGAUAAUCAUAAGCCAUGACUGUGUGUGGUCUUUUCACGCAAGCUCAUGAGCCGGUGCCCUUGCGAAGCAUCUCCGUGGAUGUGGUGGUCCAAGGUUUUGUGGCUGAUGUGGUGUCUGAACUUCGGUACCAGAAUGAGGAGAAGAAACCAGUGGAAGUCAGAUUUGUCUUCCCUCUGGAUGCUGAGGCUGCCGUAUAUGCCUUCGAGGGCCUGAUUGGUGGGACGCGGAUUGAGGCCCAGAUUCGAGAGAAGAAGCAGGCAGAGCAGGAAUACGAGGAUGCCCUGAGUGAAGGUCGCCAGGCUUUCCUGCUUGAAAGAGAAGAAAACACCAGUGACAUUUUCACUUGCAGUCUGGGUAACCUUCCGCCCGACGGAGAGGCCACGCUGAAACUGCGCUACGUUCAGGCAUUAGCUCCGGAGCCUGAUGGGGCUGUCCGCUUUGUCCUGCCUGCUGUCUUGAACCCCCGUUAUGUGCCUCAGGGCUCAGAAAGGGACACUGUCACCCAGAGCGUACCAAGAGUGCUCAAGGGGAAGCUUCCCUACACACUCCACCUCAGCACCAAGCUGGCAUCUCCCUAUGGCAUCAACCGUGUGGAGUCAAAAUGCUCCCUUGAACCGUUACAGUACACAGCGGAGGACCGUACCACUGCCCAGGUCUCCUUGGCUGAAGGGCACCAAUUUGACCGAGACGUGGAGCUACUGAUUUAUUAUGAGGAUGUUCACAAGCCCAGCACCCUCCUAGAGGCUGGGAAGCCUGGAGCUGCCUCAGGCUCGCUGAUGGGGGAUCCGGCCCUUCUGCUCACCCUGUACCCCAACGUCCCUGCCCCCAAACCUGGCCAGAUCGCUACGGGGGAAUUCAUUUUCUUGCUGGAUCGCUCAGGCAGCAUGGGUUGCAACACUGGCAAUGAUCCCAAUUCACCAUUGCGCAUUCAGAGUGCCAAGGAGACCCUGAUCCUCCUGCUGAAAAGUCUCCCCCUGGGAUGUUACUUCAACAUCUAUGGCUUUGGAUCUAGCUAUGACUCAUUUUAUCCGAAAAGUGUGGAAUACACCCAGCAGACCAUGUCAGAGUCCCUUGAGUGGGUGAAGAAGCUGGAGGCUGAUUUGGGGGGGACGGAGAUUUUGCAGCCACUGAAGGCCAUUUACGGCCAGCCCUGCCUGGAAGGACGUCCUCGCCAGCUCUUUGUGUUUACUGAUGGAGAGGUGGGGAACACAAAUGAGGUCAUUGCUGAAGUUUGCCGUCGCAGCAGCUCCCACAGGUGCUUCUCCUUCGGCAUCGGCGAAGGGGCCUCCACCGCCCUCAUCAAAGGCAUCGCUGGAGCAGCCGGCGGCAGCGCUGAAUUCAUCAUGGGCAAGGAGCGCAUGCAGGCCAAGGCCCUGCAGUCUUUGAAGAAGGCCCUGCAGCCAGCAGUGACAGGGAUCUCUCUCAGCUGGGAUUUGCCCUCCGGUUUCGAGGCCGAGCUUGUGGGGUCUGGCCCUCGGGUCAUCUUCGAAGGGCAGCGCUGUCUCAUCUAUGCCCAGAUCCAUGGGCAGCAUCAGUCUCCAGGCUCCACAGAAGGAGCUGCUGUUCUUCAAUACGUCUUUCAAGACCAGACUUUCACGGAGACGAUGAAAUUCCCACUUCAAGUUCAGGAAAGUGACAGGCUCCCUGUUCACCGGCUGGCAGCUCAAGCCCUGUUGCAGGAACUGGAGGGAGCCACGGAGCAGGAGGAGGAGAAGCAGCGCCUGGCCCUGGAGACGAGCCUGAGCUCUGGGGUGGUGUGUUCGAAGACAGCCUACGUGGGGGUGAACACGGAGCUGGGCAAACAAGUUAAAGGGCCCCUCGUCCACCGAGAUGUCCCACUUGCAUACUGUUCUCCCGCAAUGCCACAAGCAUGCUUUGCAAAGCGACGUCAACGUGCAGCCCCUUGUUUCAAAGCAGCAGUGUGUGUUGAAUCUGAAAUGUAUGAAGAUUACCAGUCCCCAUCACCUUCAGAAGAUGAGAUUAUGGCCAUGGAAAAGGAAGCUUCUCUCUUGAGCCUGAUCUCCCUGCAGAAUGCUGAGGGCUCCUGGCAUCUUGAUUCUGACCUGGCCAGCAUCCUAGGCCUGACUGAGGCUGAUAUCUCAAGCAAAAUACCUGCCCAGGUGGCUCGAAACGCAUGGGCGACAGUGCUGGCCACCCUGUGGCUCCACUCCCAUGCCGCAGAGCACAGGGAUGAAUGGGAGCUCCUGGAAGCUAAAGCUCUCAGCUGGCUCCACACAACCGCAGGGCUUCAACUGGCUGAGUGUAUUAAGGCUGGCAAUGCCCUCCUGGGAACCAAUGUGAACCCCCAGAUAUUUGGGCUCUGAGCUGCAUUAUGUAACCUUUUGGCUUGAAAUGGGUGUUUCUGCUUCUUCCUCUCUCAUGCUUACUGGACCUGCCUACCUCUCUACAAUUUACUUCAGUGCCUCCUUCUGCAUGGAUUGUUGUUGCUUCUUACAGUGCCUUAUUGCAAUGCAAGGGUAGAUAGAACGUAGAUUGUGGUCCACUGGUUGGCUUCUGGCACCACGGCUUGGUCUAGCAAACGGAUUAAAUUCAUAAGCAGCAGAGCAUCAGGCAUACACAGUAUAGUUAUGCCUUCACUGGUAUAUGAUCCAAAUUUUGCACGCUUGGUUUUAACACUUUUGCACAUAUCAGUAGCUUUGGGGAAUCUAGAUGAGGGAAAACGGAGCAGACAAGAGCAAAGUCAUCCCUUUCCUGCCUUAGUUUGGUUCCUUACUGAUGGCAUGCCAGUAUUGGCUUGGGUCACACAACACACUAAGCCAUGAUGGUUUGUUUUCUGGUGGAACCCACGAUUGGUUGGUGUGUCAUCUGUGGGAUGUGUCCACCACCCGUGAUGGGUUAAUCUGCCCAAACACUCUACUCUGAGAACCCUUACUCUACAGAAUGAGCAUAGUGGGGGUUUGCAUAAUCUACAAUGCAUAUAGUUUAGCAUUUCAGGUGAACCCAGCCAAGGCUGUCUAAUCUAGGGCGAUUGGUUCCAAUCAUAUCAGGGACCACAAAAGAGUUGUGGUAAUGAGGCUGCCCACAAGAGCACCUCUGAUCAUAAGACAAUUUAUAAAUUCACCAAACUUUGAUUAAUCCAGCAAGAGCACCAGUCCCAACAUAUUAAACAUACAGUACGAAUUGUAAUAAGUUAUUCAUGGUAAGAGUAGUUCAACAAUGGAAACAGCUCCUGGGAUGGAGAGUUUGGUUCUUCCUUGCUGGAGGCCUUCAAGCAGAGUCUGGAUAGACCCCUUGAGUGCCAUUUUUCUUGGUAGGAAGGCAGGAUACAAAUCAAAUACCUGGGUGGGUGGGUUCUCAAGCCCUGGUUUCAUGCAUGAAGCAAGACUCUGCACUAGAUGGCCUACAAUGCCUUUUUCAGUUCUGUGAGUGAAAUCACAUGUCUCGUGAGCAGAUUUGUGCUCACGCUAUGGGACUGCCCUUUGCAGACCCCUGUACAUGCCCCAGAUUUGCUCCAGAGGGUCCCCCAAACUUCUAGAGAACAAGGGCUGAGAAGCGGAGGGGGAUGCAGAUGUCAGUCUUGGCUCUCGAUGGAAAUCAAUGAUUCCCUUUCGUGUGAAUGCUAGAUUAAACUACUACGAAAAUCUACAA